GCGGCGGGCGCUAAGAUGGCGGCGGCGGCAGCCGUGGCGGGGGCGGGGCGCGGUGGCGGCGGCGGCGGCGCGGAGCCCCGGCAGGAUCGGAGCCGGGCGCGGGGCUGGAGCGGCGCCGAGCGCGGCGAAGGCCGGAGGAUGGAGCCAGGUGAAGAAGUGGAGGAGGAAGACUCUCCAGGCGGCCGGGAAGAUGGCUUCACUGCGGAGCAUCUGGCCGCAGAGGCCAUGGCCGCCGACAUGGACCCCUGGCUGGUGUUUGAUGCCCGCACCACGCCUGCCGCUGAGCUGGAUGCCUGGUUGGCCAAGUACCCACCAUCCCAAGUUACUCGCUAUGGGGACCCUGGCUCGCCCAACUCGGAGCCGGUGGGCUGGAUUGCAGCGUAUGGGCAGGGCUACGUCCCCAACUCCGGCGAUGUGCAAGGCCUGCAGGCAGCCUGGGAGGUUCUGCAGACCAGCGGGCGCCCCGUCACCCCGAGUACCCUGCGGCAGCUGGCCAUCACCCAUCAUGUGCUCUCUGGCAAGUGGCUGAUACACCUGGCACCUGGCUUCAAGCUGGACCACGCCUGGGCUGGCAUUGCUCGGGCUGUGGUCGAGGGCCGGCUUCAGGUGGCCAAGGUGAGCCCACGGGCCAGGGAGGGCGGGCGCCAGGUCAUCUGUGUUUACACGGAUGACUUCACGGACCGCUUGGGUGUGCUGGAGGCGGAUGCGGCCAUCCGUGCGGCGGGCAUUAAGUGCCUGCUCACCUACAAGCCUGACGUCUACACCUACCUGGGCAUCUACCGGGCCAACCGCUGGCACCUCUGCCCCACUCUCUAUGAGAGUCGUUUCCAGCUGGGGGGCAGUGCCCGCGGCUCCCGCGUCCUGGACCGCGCCAACAAUGUGGAGCUGACCUAGUGCGGCCACGUGGGGAGGACCGCCUUCCACCCCCUCCCACACCAGGGAUGGAUCCUCCCGUCUCCUCCUCUCCAUCCCAAAGAGUUCUAGCCCCCCAACUCUGAGGACUGGGUCACUCGGGAACUGCCUGCAUCUUGGAUCCCUUUGAACACUUGUCCUCUGUUCAGGGCUGAUUCAAGUCCCCACCAGCUGGAGGCUCCGGCUCCCUGAGGGCCAGACCGUCAGCCUCUCUUUUCACUGCUGCUCCCCACGCUCACUACAGGCUGGGCACAGCUUUCCCGGAGGAGAGCCUUCCUUGGCCGCCCUCAUGUCCAGCUGUCCCUCCCUCCCCUCCUGCAUUCUUCCCUUCUCCUCCCCGCAAGAGAGAAAAAUUAGUGCUUCCAGUCCCGCUUGGAGCCUUCGCAGUCCAAGGGGCAAAGGCACUGCAGGCUUAAGCAUGCUAUUUGGUUGGGGGGAGGGGGUGAUUGUAUCCACUCAGCCUUUUGCAGACAGAGGGGCUGCCAGGGCCAUGGACGUGGGGCCUGCCCCUCCCUACCAUCUCCGACAGCCUGCACCACCUUCCUUCCUUCCUUCCUUCC